AUUUUCUAUUUGAAAUGUAUUGAAAACGACACCGUUAACCGUCAGUUAGAUUUGCAAUGGAGAGAUUCAAAAGAUGUAACCACCCUCUCCAACUCUCAUUUAUAAAUGCCAAUUUUGUUCAGAAAAGAGACCACUUUUUGCUGGCUGGCACAUCGGUGUACUCAAUUCCCAUUACGAACUAACCAAGCACUUUCCCACUCUACAAAGAUCUCUUCUUUUUCUCCUCAUUGCCAAAAAUUUAAAAUAAUUUAUAAAACCCAUCAAUUCUUUUUUCCAAAUAUAGCACCCAAAAGAAAAAAAGAAAAUACCCAUCUGUUUGAUUAAGUUGGAUCUGUUUUUCUUUUUAAAAAAGGAAGAGUUUUGGAUCAAGUUUUGUUGAAAAUGGGUUUUGAAAACAGUGACUAAAGGAACAAACUUUGGUUCAAGUUGUUGAAUUUUUAGUUUUGAAGUGUAGGUUAAGUAUAUGACUUAGAAUGUGAAGAAAAGUAGAGUACCCAUGUCUUGGUUUUGUCUCUUUUACCUUUUGUUUUUGUUUUGAAGAGGAAAAAAAAGUGAGAAAAGUUCAUCAUUUUGUUCUUUUUUGUGGGGACUUUUGUAGGAGUGUGGCAGGCCAAAAGUAUAAAGUGGAAUUGCAGUUUUUAUAUUAUAAAUGGGGGUUGGUUACUUUUUUAUGGUUGCCCUCAGAGAGGCAUUUUUUUAGUGUGAUAUGGAGGAAGAGGCAAUUUUAUGGUGUGAAUGAGUAGGAUUUGUUUAAAAUGGAAGAGAGUAGUAGUAAAGAAUUGAGAUCAUUGGCCUUAACUCCAACAUGGUCUGUGGCUACUGUUUUGACAAUCUUUGUUGUUGUCUCUUUGAUUGUAGAGCGCUCAAUUCACAGGCUAAGCAAUUGGCUGCGGAGGACUAAUCGGAAACCUUUACUUGCAGCUGUGGAAAAAAUGAAAGAAGAGCUGAUGCUGCUUGGAUUCAUAUCACUCCUUCUAACGGCUACCUCAAGCACGAUAGCCAAUAUUUGCAUUUCUUCAAAGUUCUAUGAUAGCACUUUUGCUCCUUGCUCUAGGUCUGAUAUCGAUGAAAUGGAAGAAGAUACUUCUGCGGGGCGUAAACUGCUGAUGCUUUCUUCUGUUCCUUUCUCAGUUCGGAGAAUGCUGAAUAGCUUGAAUCAGAAUACCUGCAAAGAGGGACAUGAGCCAUUUGUAUCACGUGAAGGCCUCGAGCAGUUGCACCGCUUCAUCUUCGUCAUGGCAGUCACACAUAUAUCUUACAGUUGCUUAACCAUGUUGCUGGCUAUAGUGAAGAUUCAUAGUUGGAGGAUCUGGGAAGAUGAGGCUCAUAUGGACCGCCAUGAUUCAUUAGCAGAAGUCAUGAGGGAGCAUACGUUACGGAGGCAGACAACCUUUGUCAGAUAUCAAGCAUCAAAUCCUUUGGUCAAGAAUAGCUUUAUUAUCUGGGUGACUUGCUUCCUCCGGCAAUUUGGGCGUUCAGUGGUUCGUCCAGACUACCUUACUCUUCGCAAGGGCUUUAUCACGAAUCACAACCUUUCGUCGAAGUAUGAUUUCCACAGCUACAUGAUUAGAUCUAUGGAAGAAGAAUUCCAGAGGAUAGUUGGUGUGAGUGGUCCAUUGUGGGGAUUUGUUGUUGCUUUCAUGCUGUUUAACAUAAAAGGGUCUAACCUCUAUUUCUGGAUAGCCAUCAUUCCUAUAACUCUUGUCCUUUUGGUGGGUGCAAAACUACAGCAUGUUAUUGCAACUUUAGCAUUGGAGAAUGCUGGCGUAACUGGAUACUUUUCGGGAGCAAAGUUAAAGCCUCGAGAUGAUCUUUUUUGGUUUAAGAAACCAGAACUAUUGUUAUCCUUGAUCCACUUUAUUUUGUUCCAGAAUGCAUUUGAGCUGGCUUCUUUCUUCUGGUUCUGGUGGCAGUUUGGGUAUAAUUCCUGCUUUAUCAGGAACCACCUGCUAGUCUAUAUUCGACUUGUAUUGGGAUUUGCCGGACAAUUUCUUUGCAGCUACAGCACCUUGCCGCUUUAUGCAUUGGUUACUCAGAUGGGAACAAAUUACAAGGCAGCACUUAUUCCUCAAAGAAUAAGGGAGACGAUCCAUGGAUGGGGAAAAGCAGCUAGAAGGAAGAGAAGGCAUGGUAUGUACCCAGAUGAUUCUACAGUACGUACAGAUACAAGUACAGUAUUAUCGCUCGAGGAGGAUGAUCAUCAAUACAUUGAUAUUUCCGAGGCUAACGGUUCACACAAUGAAAUCGAGUUACACCCAGUUUCUACUCCUAUACAUGCACCAUUUUCAAAUGAAACUUCAAGUAGGGCUGGCACUCCCCUUCUUCGGUCCUCGGCAUCGAUUUCUGUACAAAAGUCACCAAAUUACUUUCCGGAUGGCAUUAUUAGAUCAUCCUCUAUGCCGGCUAGAAGAGAUUGAAACAUCUUAUAGAUAAAAAAAGGAUUACGUACAGAAGAGUUUGGUGGAUGAAUGUCUGCUUUAUAGCAUGAUCUUUUCGAGCACGAGGGAAACAAACUAAAGUGCUAGAGUAGCUUGCUCAUGUAGAGAUUAAAGUUUAUAGUAUAUACUUUUCAGAAUUUAUGUUGUAGCAUUAAUACCCAACUAGGAAAUUUAGUGCUUGGCUUUGUUUGCCAAUUAGUAUAUGCUAUAUAAGAAGAAUGUAACUCACAGAUUUAGAAAUGAUGCAAAUCUGAGAUAAAAUUUGAACACUUGAAGAAGACAAAGAAAAUGAUUUUUCAUAAAUUAUAUUUCAUUAUUAAUUAUGUUUAA